AGUUAGGCCCUUAACAUGGCAAAAGCUUUGGAGUGGUGGAGAAAAGGAGAACUGCCGGAGGAGGAGGGGCAGGAGUGUGAAGGUUGAAAAUGGCGGACAAAUCGACGCCCCCGAUUAGGCUUAUGAAUUUCAUAUCGGAGGACCAGUUGGAUGAAACCAAGAAAGCUAGGGGCGAACGCGUUGAGGAUGGCACUGCCCAGAGGGAUAGACCCCUUUUCGAGAUUUUAAAAGAAAAUAAAGACAAGAAAGAUGCUGAAUUCAACGAGCGAUUUAAGCACAGGCCUCCUAAAGCUUUGGAUGAUGAUGAGACUGAGUUUCUUGAUAAAUUAGAGCUGUCGAAGAGGGAAUAUGAAAAGCAAGUGGCCUGUGAGGAAGCCCAACAACUCCGUAAUUUCCAGGCAGCAGUGGCAGCCCAAUCUAUGAUCAGCCAAGAGUUUGAGGAAACACCUCCUGUUCCUGUAGUCCAGGAGCAGAAGGUAGUGAGGAAGAAAAAUCCUCAUCCACAGCCAUUAGGCGUGACAAUAAAAGUGAAGCCUCAAGCAAAAAAAGCUAAGUUGGAUCAAGAAGGUGUUAUAGAGCCGCCCUCAAACUCAACAAAUGUUUAUAAUGAUGAUACAGAAAGAGAAUCUCAGCCAGCAAACUUGCCUUAUCGUGAUACUGAUAAAACUAAUGCUGUUGUGAAGACUGCUUUAGUUUCAUAUAGUGAUGAAAGUGAAGAAGAUGAUUAGGCAGUUUCAUGAUUGAUAUCUUUGAGGAAACAGAUUUAGUUAUUUCAAUGAAUCCCUCUUCGUCCCUUUACACAAAUGGACAAGGAGAAAUCGGGAAACGGACGUGUGUUAACAUCCAUCCAUUCAUACUUGCAUUUGCAUUUGGAAGAUUGAACCUAAAAAAGCUUCAUGCUUUGUUUGGUUGAUGUGGAAAGGGCGAGGAAAGAAAAUGUAAUUGAAAAAAGUGGUAAAAUAGAUGGUUGAGUAGGAGAUAAAAGGAAUAAAGAAUAAAGAACAUUGGGUAGGUAGCAUAUCAAAUUUUAGUCCUUCCCAAUUGGGGAGUGAAUAGAAAAAGAUUCUUCAACCCUUAAUCAUCCUCUUUAUCAAUCAAACUUUACUUUGUAGGUAGGUAGAUAGGACUUAUCAAAUUUGAGUCCUUCCCAAGUUGGUGAGUGAAUAGAAAAGAUUCUUCAACUCUUGAUCACCUCAUUGCCAA